AUGUUCACUUCCACCUUCGUGGCCGCUGCGACGCUGGCGCCCUUUGCCCUCGCUCAAAACAGUGAGACCGUCCUGGGAGUAUACAUGUUUCACAGACACGGCGACCGGACGGCAAAGUCGACCCCACCAGCGAACUUGACUGAUCUGGGCUACCAGCAAGUCUAUACCUCCGGACAGUACUACCGCAGCAGGUACAUUUCUUCGGAUGCCUCUCUCCAAAUCAAUGGCAUCAACCCAGACAUCGUCAAGCAGAGCCAGAUUGCCGUCUCAGCCCCGGAUGAUACGGUCCUCAUGAACUCCGCAACGGGUUUCCUGCAAGGUCUUUAUCCGCCCUACCAGACGAGCUCUCAGCUCCGCAAUGGCCAGAAUGUCACUGCCCCGAUGGGUGGCUACCAACUCAUCCCCGUGGAACUGGUCAGCAACGGUGCUGGAAGCGAAGACAGCGGAUGGCUCCAGAGCACGAGCAACUGCGCCAAAGCCACAAUCUCAUCCAACAACUACUUCAACUCCGCCGAGUACCUGCAGCACCUCAACAGCACCCAUCCAUUCUAUCAGGACCUCCUGCCCGUCAUCAACGGCACCUUCAACGCUUCCCAGGAUACUUUCAAGAACGCCUACACCAUCUUCGACCUGCUCAACGUCGCCGACAUCCACAACCGGACCAUCAAUUCCAGCGCUCUGCUCACCAACGAAACGCUCUUCCAACUCCGCACACUCGCCGACGCCCACGAGUGGGGCCUGGCAUACAACGCCACGGACGACAUGCGCGCCAUCGCAGGCAAAACCCUCGCCGCGCAAAUCGUCCAAUUCCUCAACGGCACCAUCACCGGCGCCGGCAAGCAGAAGCUCGGAAUCCAAUUCGGCGCCUACGCCGCUUUCGCCUCCUUCUUCGGCCUCGCGCAGCUCCCCAGCGUGAACCCAGAUUUCAAAGGUGUAGUGGACUACGCCUCCGCCAUGACCUUUGAACUCUUCACCAACGGCACUUCCGCCCAGGGCAUUUCCAGCUCGAACUACCCUUCCGCGAAUGACCUGUACGUCCGCUUCCUCUUCCACAACAGCACCACGACCAACGCGUCCCAACCCGUCGCGUACCCGCUCUUCGGCAGCGGACGGGAAACUCUCAGCUGGCCCGCUUUCGUCGCCGGGAUGGGUACCUUCUCCGUCGGUUCCACGCAGCAGUGGUGUACCGCGUGCGGCAAUGUCACGGGCACAUGCGCCGCCUACGCUCCUGCGGGCUCCAACAACAACGCGACGGGCAGGGGAAGCGGCAGUGGAAGCAACGACAAGGGGAAUGCGAAGGGGAAUGGGCUCAGCCCGGCCGUGAACGGCGUUAUAGGCGCCAUGGUGACGUUGGCCGUCGUGCUGGGAAUCGAAGCGCUCGUUGUGGCUCUGGGGGGGAUGCGGCUUGUUUCGAAGAAGAGGUUGGCUGCUGCGACGGAGAUGAAAGCUUAG